AUGAGAGUUGUGCGAGACGCCGACUCCCUGCAGGAGCACUUCGAAAGAGCCACAUCCGAGGCCAAGUCGGCCUUCGGUAACGGUACCGUCUUUGUUGAGCGAUUCCUUGACAAGCCCAAGCACAUUGAAGUCCAGCUUCUUGGUGACAAUGAAGGCAACGUCGUGCACCUGUACGAGCGUGACUGCUCCGUCCAGCGUCGCCACCAGAAGGUCGUCGAGAUUGCUCCUGCCAAGGAUCUCCCCGCUGCCACCCGUGAUGCUAUCUUGGCUGAUGCUGUUAAGCUGGCUAAGUCAGUUAACUAUCGCAACGCCGGUACCGCAGAGUUCCUGGUCGACCAGCAGAACCGCUACUACUUCAUUGAGAUCAACCCUCGUAUCCAGGUUGAGCAUACCAUCACUGAGGAAAUCACUGGCAUCGACAUCGUCGCUGCUCAGAUCCAGAUCGCUGCCGGUGCCAGCUUGGCUCAGCUCGGCCUGACCCAGGACCGCAUCUCCACCCGAGGCUUUGCUAUUCAGUGCCGUAUCACCACCGAGGACCCUGCCAAGAACUUCUCACCCGAUACCGGUAAGAUCGAGGUCUACCGAUCUGCCGGUGGUAAUGGUGUUCGUCUUGACGGUGGUAACGGAUUUGCCGGUGCCGUCAUCACCCCUUACUACGACUCCAUGUUGGUAAAGUGUACUUGCAAUGGCUCCACAUACGAAAUCGCCCGCAGAAAGGUUCUCCGUGCUCUCAUCGAGUUCCGUGUCCGCGGCGUCAAGACCAACAUUCCUUUCCUUGCCCGACUUUUGACUCACCCUACAUUUAUUGACGGAAACUGCUGGACAACCUUUAUUGAUGAUACCCCUCAAUUGUUUGAUUUGCUUGGCAGCCAGAACCGUGCUCAGAAGCUGCUGUCCUACCUCGGUGACGUUGCCGUCAACGGCAGCAGCAUCAAGGGCCAAAUUGGUGAGCCCAAAUUCAAGGGCGAGAUCAUCGUUCCUGAAAUUGUCACUUCGGCGGGCGAGAAGGUCGAUGUCUCUCAGCCAUGCACUGUUGGAUGGCGCAACAUCCUUGUGGAGCAGGGCCCCAAGGCCUUUGCCAAGGCUGUUCGCGAGUACAAGGGAUGUCUUUUGAUGGACACCACCUGGAGAGAUGCUCACCAGUCUCUUCUUGCCACCCGUGUCCGAACAGUCGAUCUGCUCAAUAUUGCCAAGGAGACCAGCCACGCCUUGUCCAACCUUUACAGUCUCGAGUGCUGGGGUGGUGCCACCUUUGACGUAGCAAUGCGUUUCCUCUACGAGGAUCCCUGGGAACGUCUUCGCCGCAUGCGCAAGCUCAUCCCCAACAUCCCCUUCCAGAUGCUUCUCCGUGGUGCCAACGGUGUCGCUUACUCUUCACUUCCUGACAAUGCUAUUGAUCACUUUGUCGACCAAGCUAAGAAGAACGGUGUUGAUAUCUUCCGUGUCUUCGACGCCCUCAACGACAUUGAUCAGCUCGAAGUCGGUAUUAAAGCAGUUCACAAGGCCGGCGGUGUUGUUGAAGGAACCGUGUGCUAUAGUGGCGACAUGCUAGUAAGUUGAUUAUCCCGUUAAUUCCUCAUCUGGCUUGGGAAAAUCAAUAUUGUGCUUCUAUUGUUUUGGAAAAAAAAACAAUAUUGUGCCUGUAUUGUUUUGGAAAAAUCAACAUUGGGCUUGUAUUGUUUUGGAACUAAACUAACCAAACUUUAUUAUAGAACCCCUCCAAGAAGUACAAUCUUGAGUACUACUUGGCUCUCGUUGACAAGCUUGUUGCUCUUGAUAUCCAUGUCCUUGGUAUCAAGGAUAUGGCUGGUGUGCUCAAGCCCCACGCUGCCACCCUCCUGAUUGGCAGCAUCCGCAAGAAGUACCCCGACUUGCCUAUUCACGUUCACACUCACGACUCUGCCGGAACUGGUGUUGCAUCUAUGGUCGCCUGUGCCCAGGCCGGAGCUGAUGCUGUUGAUGCCGCUACUGACAGUCUCUCUGGUAUGACUUCUCAGCCCAGCAUCAAUGCCAUCCUUGCCUCCCUCGAGGGAAGCGAGCACAGCCCUGGCCUUGACCCCAGACAAGUCCGAGCUCUGGAUACCUACUGGUCGCAGCUCCGUCUUCUAUACUCUCCCUUUGAGGCUCACCUUGCCGGUCCUGACCCCGAGGUGUACGAGCACGAGAUUCCUGGUGGUCAGUUGACCAACAUGAUGUUCCAGGCCUCUCAGCUUGGUCUUGGCUCUCAGUGGCUCGAGACCAAGAAGGCUUACGAGCAUGCCAACGAUCUCCUUGGAGACAUUGUCAAGGUCACUCCUACUUCCAAGGUCGUUGGUGACCUUGCCCAAUUCAUGGUCUCUAACAAGCUCUCUGAGGAAGACGUCCGUGCUCGUGCCUCGGAACUCGACUUCCCUGGAUCCGUUCUCGAGUUCUUCGAAGGUCUCAUGGGUCAGCCAUUUGGAGGCUUCCCCGAGCCUCUACGUAGCGACGCGCUCCGUGGUCGUCGCAAGCUCGACAAGCGACCUGGACUGUUCCUUGAGCCUGUUGACUUUGUCAAGGUCAAGCGUGAGCUGGGCAAGAAGCUCGGCGCUCCGGUUACCGAGUGCGACAUUGCCUCGUACGUCAUGUACCCCAAGGUCUUUGAGGACUACAAGAAGUUCGUUCAGCAGUACGGCGAUUUGUCCGUUCUCCCAACCAGGUACUUCCUCUCCAGGCCCGAGAUUGGCGAGGAGUUCCACGUUGAGCUUGAGAAGGGCAAGGUCCUCAUCCUGAAGCUGCUUGCUGUUGGCCCUCUGAGCGAGAACACUGGCCAGCGUGAGGUCUUCUUCGAAAUGAACGGAGAGGUUCGACAGGUCACUGUCAUUGACAAGAAGGCUGCCGUUGAGAACGUCAGCAGACCCAAGGCCGACCCCACUGA